GGGAGCAGGAGGAGGGACAGAGGGAUGGGGAAGGCUGCACAAAGGAAUUCCUCACACCAAGCCCCCUGACCGCCAGCUCCUGCGAGUAAAGAAGCCGACCUUCUUUCCCAGCUCUCUGGCGCCCGCAGGCCCGCCCGCCCGUCUUGCUACCGUGGCUGGGCUCAGGCCGUAGAGCCUCUGCGAACAUUCCAAGAGGACCCACACUUCUUCCUGUAGGUGGCAACAGUGACACCUGUUUGAUCAGUGAGGCUGAGCCAGGGACUGCAAAAGGGAGGAGGCAGACACCUCGGAGAGGAGCUGGGAAGCAGAGCUGCGCGCUCCCUGAGUAAAAGGCCUUCACCAUGGCCGAGUCUCCUGGCUGCUGCUCCAUCUGGGCCCAUGGCCUCCACUGCCUAUAUAGCUGUCACUGGAGGAAAUGGCCUAGACAGAGGAUGAAGACCAGCAAGUGCGACUGCGUCUGGUUUGGCCUGCUCUUCCUCACCUUCCUCCUGUCCCUGGGCUGGUUCUACAUCGGGCUCAUCCUUCUCAAUGAUCUACACAACUUCAAUGAAUUCCUGUUCCGCCACUGGGGACACUGGAUGGACUGGUCCCUGGUAGUCGUGCUGGUCAUCUCUCUGCUGGUCACAUACGCAUCCCUGCUAUUGCUCCUGGGCCUGCUCCUGCAGCUCUGUGGUCAGCCUCUGCAUCUUCACAGUCUCCACAAGGUGCUAUUGCUCCUCAUUAUACUUCUGGUGGCCACUGGCCUGGUGGGACUGGAUAUCCAGUGGCGGCAGGAGUGGCAUAGUCUGCGACUGUCACUGCAGGCCACAGCCCCAUUCCUUCACAUUGGAGCAGUUGCUGGAAUCACCUUCCUGGCCUGGCCUGUGGCAGAUACCUUCUACCGUAUGCAACCAAGAGGCCCCAAGGUUCUACUGCUGUUCCUAUUUUUUGGAAUCACUCUGGUCAUCUACCUGGCCCCCCUAUUCAUCUCCUCCCCCUGCAUCAUGAAACUCGGAGACUUACCCCCCAAGCCUGGUCUGGUGGGACACCGAGGGGCUCCCAUGGUGAGUGAUAGGAAGAAGCCUGGGCAAGUAAGGGAGAAUCUGCUAGGCUUCAGCAACUCGGCCUGUGGAUUUCCAGACCCCUACCCUUCCCUACUACAUCCUCCUGACUCCCUUUCCCAGCUGGCCCCUGAGAAUACCCUGAUGUCCUUACGGAAGACAGCCGAAUGUGGAGCUACUGUGUUUGAGACAGACGUGAUGGUCAGCUCUGAUGGAGUCCCCUUUCUCAUGCAUGACGAGCGGCUGGGCAGGACUACCGAUGUAGCCUCUGUGUUUCCAGAGCGAGUCUCAGCCCACAGCAGUGAUUUCUCCUGGGCUGAACUACAGAGACUCAACGCUGGAGCCUGGUUCCUAGAGAGGCAACCCUUCUGGGGGGCGAAAGCGCUGUCAGGCUCUGAUCGGAAGGAGGCUGAGAAUCAGACAGUGCCAGCCUUAGAAGAACUGCUGAAGGAAGCAGCAGCCCUCAACCUCUCCGUCAUGUUUGACCUGCGCCGACCCCCGAUCAACCACUCAUACUAUGACACGUUUGUGAAUCAGACAUUGGAGGCUGUGUUGAAUGCAAGCGUGCCCCAAGCCAUGGUCCUUUGGCUCCCGGAUGAAGACCGUGCUUCUGUGCAACAACGGGCUCCCAGGAUGCGCCAGAUAUAUGGACAUCAGGGGGGCAACAGGACUGAGCAGCCCCAGUUUCUCAACCUCCCCUAUCAAGACCUGCCAGUGUUGGAUAUCAAGGCACUCCACCAGAGUAAUGUCUCGGUGAACCUGUUCGUAGUGAACAAGCCCUGGCUCUUCUCCCUGCUCUGGUGUGCAGGGGUAGAUUCAGUCACCACCAAUGACUGCCAGCUGCUGCGACAGAUGCGCCACCCCCUCUGGCUUAUUCCCCCUCAGAUCUACUUAAUGAUAUGGAUCGUCACUGACUGCGCCUCCGUUCUGCUGCUUUUGUGUAUCUUCGUCCUCCGAAGGAGAUGUACCAGGAGAAAGAGAACAGGCUUAGAAGCAACAGUGCUGCUGACCAGGAUCAACAAUGUCACCUCCGAGUGAAUGCGGAACCCGUGCCCCCAUCAGCUACAGACCAAGGGCUGCAUGCAGCAGCCAGAGGGAAGGAAGGGAAGGAGCUCAAGUGGAACAUCCCGGAAUAAAAUGUUUGGAGGAGGGGAACAUUCAUAACAGAAGUUUUCAAACUAAGAGGGCCCUCUGUCCAAAUGGAGGGCAUGUCCCAAGCUGCCAUGGAAUUUGCUGCCUUUGACAUUUUAACAUGACUUAGUUGGAAAGACAGUGACAGGAAGUUACUCCCAAAAUUAAACCAAGUGAGAGAUAAGGUCUUGGGCCUGCACGCACAUGUGCUCGGGUAGAAGACACCGGGUGUGUCAGGGUGGAAUCGCACAGAAUGGUGACUGGAGAACUUAAAAGAUGAUGAAGACAGUCCCCACUCCGGUCCCUUUCUCUCCUCACCCUCACAAUUCAGUGUCUUUCCUGCCCACAGGUUGGGAGCUAGAAAGCUCAUUUAGCAAUGCAGUUCUGUGCCUACCAUGCUUUUGGUUGUGAGCCGUGAAUGGUCCCUGUAUCUUGCCUGUUAAUCUGUUAUUCAAUGAAUUUUUAAUUGUCA